AUGGCGGCCUCGAAACCAGAUCUGCUGCCGGUGUACCUGAACGUUUACAAUGUUUCAAACUACGAGUCCGUGAAGGUGCUUAAUGCAGUGUUUGCCCACCUGUGGGCACCAGUGAAAUUUGGUGGAGUAUUUCACGUUGGAGUUCAGAUUGGCGACAUCGAGUGGUCGUACGGCAAGACUCUGACAGCAAGUCGGCCAGGGGUGAUUGGCUUGCCACCCCUCAGCGACACCAAGCACAGUUUCCGUGAAUCCAUCUUUAUGGGCCACACGGAGAAAACCAUGGAGGCGAUCAACGCCAUCCUCCGCGACUUGGUGGAGGAAUUCCCAGGGUAUCAAUAUGACGUGUUUCGGAAGAACUGCAACCAUUUUGCAGACAGUUUGUGUGAGCGUUUGCACGUGUCAAGAAUGCCCGAGCACAUCAACCGAUUCGCCCGCAUUGGGGCUUCUGCAGAAGGCUUUGUCCAAGACAACUUCGGCAGUUUCAAGCACAGCUCCUGGGCACACAUUGUGCCCAGCUCCCUGGCCUCUUGCAUUGGAGGCAGUGAGAAGGCACCACCAGUCCGAGAGAAGUUCGGCCGUUAUACGGUGCCCAAGCUCGCCAAGAAAACGUUCCGCGUCCCUGGCGCGGUGCUUGUUACAGCCAACAUGGAAGUGGCACCCCUUUGA